AUGGCCACGCGAGCUCUGUUCGUCUCCCUCCUCCUCGCGCUCUGCUCGGCUCUCGGGGAGGGGGUCUCGGCAUUGCGCGGCCGCGCCAACGGCGACGCGGUCAAGUUCGACUUCACGCCCUUCCUCAUCCAGUACCAGAGCGGGCGGGUGCAGCGGCUGAUGGGCACCAGCGUGGUGCCGCCGUCCGUGGACGCGCGCACCGGCGUCGCCUCCACCGACGUCGUCGUCGACCAGGGCACGGGCCUCGCCGUCAGGCUCUACCGCCCGAGCCGCCGCGGCAGGCUCCCCGUGCUCCUCUACUUCCACGGCGGCGCGUUCGUCGUCGAGUCGGCCUUCGGCCCCGUCUACCACAACUACCUCAACGUGCUGGCGGCCAGGGCGGGCGUCAUCGCCGUGUCGGUGAACUACCGCCUCGCGCCGGAGCACACGCUCCCGGCCGCCUACGACGACUCGUGGACGGCGCUCCAAUGGGUGCUCUCCAACGCUCGCAACGGCUCCGGCUACGGCGCGUCCUGGCUCUACAAGCACGGGGACAUGUCCCGGCUGUUCGUUGGCGGGGACAGCGCCGGCGGCAACAUCGCGCACAACCUCGCAAUGCGCGUGGGGCAGCAGGGCCUGGGCCAGGACGACGGCAAAGGGCGGAUCAAGGGCGUGGCGCUGCUGGACCCGUACUUCCUGGGCGGGCACGCGGGCCCGUGGGCGGAGCGAUCGUGGGGGUUCAUCUGCGCGGGGCGGUACGGGACGGAGCACCCGUACGUGGACCCGAUGGCGCUGCCGGCGGACGCGUGGCGGCGGCUCGGCGCCCGGCGCGUGCUGGUGACCAAGUCGGGGCAGGACGGUCUGGGGCCGUGGCAGCGCGCGUACGUGGACGCGCUCCGGGGCAGCGGCUGGGGCGGGCAGGCGCGGCUGUACGAGACGCCCGGCGAGGGGCACUGCUACUUCCUCAACAACCUCCAGUCGCCCAAGGCCGCCGCGCAUAUGGCCACCGUCGCCGCGUUCCUCAGCUAG